AAAAUGAUGUGGUAUCUGUACGUUUUAGUGGUGUCGAUAAAAUAACAAAGGAUAGCAACCAAAAAGAAUUUAGAAUAAAUAAUGAAUAUCGAAUUGGACAACCUAAAGGUGCACUCACCAUUCUUGAUGAGCAAAGUAAUUUUAUAGGAUUUAUAAUAUCUAAACCUAAAAAAAAAGGUAGAUCAGAAAUAGCUUAUGCAUUGUCUCACAAAUACUGGGAUAGAGGAAUUGGGCAAUCAGUUUUAAGUAAGAUGUUAGAACAAUUCAGUGCUACAGUUAGACCUAAAAAUGUCAGUUCUUGGUGUAUCCGUAAGAAAGUAGGUUUUGAACCAGUGCUAGCAGAUGAAUCAAUUAAUUUUGAAAAUAAAGGUUAUGAUUUGCUGCUAUUAGAUAAUUUACUAAAUUAUUGUAAAAAUUUUGAAGAAUUUAUUAAUAAACUUAAUUAUACUGGGGACAUCGAAGCUAGUAAGCUUUACACUCAAGAGAAUGACAAAAAUGUAUAA